AGCCGCGAAAUUAGUCGUCCAGCAACCAAUCGACAAAAUGGAUUUCGAAGCAGCAAAAUCGUUCGUUCAGGAGAAGCUCGGCGUGGAAUACGUUAGUGAGAAAGUAACGUUGCUUCAAAAAAUAGUUCGCGCUUUUUCUGAAAAACUGCCAUUUCAAAAUAUCUCCGUUAGUAUCCUCGAUGCCGGAGCUCGAUUCCCUACUGAAGAAAAUGUAAUCUCUGUCGGAAAAUCCCUUAGUGGUGGAGUUUGCAUUCACAAUAACUGGUUUAUGAAGAUUCUUUUACAAGCACUGGGCUAUAAUGUUUAUUUUGUUGCCGGUUAUAGUACAGAAAGCCAGAAAAAAACUUUGGGAAGUCAUAUAGGAAUCGUCGUGAAAAAUUUGACAAACGCAAACGAUCUACAUUUGAUCGAUGUUGGAUCUCGUUACCCAUUAUUUAAACCAGUGCCACUCAAUUCAUUACCAUAUGAAGCAACAGACGUCACGUUGACUUACCGCUUUGUAGAAGAAAAUGGACAGUGGCACAGAGAGCACAAGAACGGAACGUUCUCAAAAUACACUCGUUACAUCACUUACGAUAAGUCAUUACGAUCAUCUGUCAAUGAUUUUCGUAUUGCCAUGGAAGAAGUUCUGCAGGAGAAUUGGCUUAUUGGAACGGUAUUAGCCGUUCGCUAUCUUCAGCCAAACUCCAAGGACAUUCCGGGUGUGCCGGAUUUCCAUCCUCAGUAUGAUUAUAUGGCGGAAUAUUCAAAUAGAACAAUUACUUUCGAGAACAGUACAGGAUAUAAAUACACAGAAAGGGUUGGGAGCGACCAAAUUGAGUUUACUGUUCGUCAAUACUUUCCCAGUAUUCCCAAAGAGGAUGUUGCCAAGAGAGUUGCAGCAAUUCAAGAAGAGCCAGACCGUCCAUGGUAUCAAUGCAGGAUGCUCUAAUCACAUUGCUGAAAACAACGAAAAUAUAAUAAUGAACAAACACGUAAAUGACAUUAAAAUUAUAAUGAUUAGGUAUUCUUUACUCUUCGUAAUGAAAUUUAAUAAGUAAUUAUAUUACGUUUAUUAAUUUGUGCAUUCCUCGUUCAAUGAUCUUUUAUUAUAUUUUCUUUAUGCGCUCGUAAUUCAGGCUCUCACGCAAUACUAAAUGUAUCACAAAUCACGAUUUCUCUUCGCCGGCAGAACAAUGUGUUCAAAAGAAUUAGACAUUCGCAAACAAACUUUGUAUUAUAUACUCUGCAAUGUUGUACACAUAUUAUCUUCCGGAAUACGAUGUUUAUUAUAUUUGUUGAAUCAUAAAACAUAAUCACAAUAAGUUCACAGCAUUAAUGUCAACAUAAGGAAAUAGUUGGAGUGCGUGUUUUAUUCAUAGUUUUCCAUGCAGGAAGUGAAAGUUGUCUACUUUUUAAUUUAAUAAAAAACAAAUGGAAAGACGACAAUGUGACAAUUCAUACAUCCUAGUUGCACAUACUAAAUAAUUAAUUAGUAUCAUUAAAGUAUAUCUCAAAAAAAUUAUGAUAAGUUUGAAAGAAACCAAUUAAUUCGAUUCUUGAUAUAUCUUUAAGGUAUAGGUUACUUUUUCUUACAAUUCGUAAAACCCCAUAUAAUACAAUAUUUUUAUAAACAUUUUAGAGGUAUACCAUCAAUAAAACAAAAUAAUUAUUUGAAGCAUA